AUGUAUUCCCCGACAAGGUAUUAUGAUUCAUGGCACCAAGACCAAGACAAAAAAAGCUACGUAGGCUUAUCAAACCAAGGAGCAACGUGCUAUAUGAACAGCUUGCUUCAAACUUUAUUCAUGGCAUAUGAUUUCAGGAAAGAGCUUUAUAAAUGACAAUACAGCCCAGAACGCCAUGGUGAAAAAGAAGACUGCAUUCCUCUUCAACUACAAUUGCUGUUCAGUAAGCUUCAACUUCGAGAAUAUCACUAUAUCGAAACGACAGGGCUUACUAAAAGUUUCCAAUGGGACAUGAGAGAUGGCUUCCAGCAGCACGACGUUCAAGAAUUUUGUAGAGUCCUUUUCGAUGCCAUAGAACAAAGUGUAGAAGGCACUGACCAAGCCAAUAUGAUUAAAACUUUAUAUGAAGGCAGCUACAUUGACUAUGUAAAAUGCCUAAAAUGCUUAAAAGAAAGCUCAAGAGAAGACAAGUUUUUGGAUUUAAGCUUAACCGUAAAGAAUGAGUUUGAUAAAAUAUACAAUGACUCUAUAGAAAAAGCACUUGCUAAUUAUAUAAGGCCUGAAGAAUUAUCAGGAGACAAUCAAUAUUUCUGUGAGCACUGUGGAGGCAAACAAGAUGCUAUUAAGGGGCUCAAGUUCAAGACCCUGCCUUAUAUUUUGGUGCUGCAGUUAAAAAGAUUUGAUUUAGACUACCAAACUAUGCAGAGAAUAAAAUUAAAUGAUAAAGUCACGUUUCCUCAGAUUUUGAAUAUGAACCCUUUUGUAAGAGAAAUCCCACAUGGAGACCCUGAAAGAAUGGAAAUUGAGUCAAAUUCUUCAGAAGAAGACGAAAUCUUGGUCAUUACCCCAGCCAAUAUAGAAUCUCUUUCACUUUCCCAUAAAAAAUUUUCAAAUUAUGAUACUAUAGGAGGGGAUUAUGAUAAAAAACCUCUUAAGCUUGACAAAAUGGCUAAAGAAAAACAUAUAGCCAUGAGAGCUGAAGAAAAAAAACAUGAAAGGGCGAAAUUAAUACACAAAUAUAGAGAAGAUGGAGAAGAUGUAUAUGAGCUUUAUUCUAUUAUGAUUCAUUCUGGCUCAGCAAAUGGAGGGCAUUAUUAUGCUUAUAUCAAGUCUUUUGAAACAGGAAGAUGGUACGAUUUUGAUGACUCUUCUGUAAAAGAAAUUGAUGAAAAAGAUAUAGAAAAAGUCUUUGGAGGUGAAACAAAAAGUUAUGGGAUUUUUUUAUUUUUUUAAAAAAAAAUUUUGUGGAAUUUUUAUAAAAAAUAAAAAAUUUUUAAUCGCCAAAAUUAUGGAUGAAGCAGCUCUUAUUCAACCAAUGCAUAUUUACUUAUGUACCGCAGAGUUGACGAAAAUCGAAACAUUCUCAGAGUUGAGGACUCUGAAAUCCCUCCUUACAUUUUAGAAGAAAUUGAAGCAGAAAGAAAUAAAGAAAAAGAAGAAUCUUUAGCAAGAGAAGAAAAAAGGAAAAAUAUAAAAUUAAGAGUGUUCUACCAAGGAAAAGAUAAAGAAAUUGAAAUAAAUCGAGAAGCUUUGGUUAGAGAUUUAAAGCUAAAAGUAAUGGAAGAGUUUAAGAUACCUACCGAAGAAGAAAGCAAUGUGAGGUUAAGAUAUUAUAGCCAAUACUAUGACACAAAUCAAGAAGUCCUUGAAGAAGAUAGAUCAAUAGAAAGUGAAAACAUUUAUUCCCAAAAAAAUUUAUAUUUUAACAAUUUAAAUAGAAUUUUUUUGAUAAAGAAAUUUUAUAUAUAAUCUAAUAAGGCGUAGCAUUAGAAACUAAAAAAAGUGAUGAGGCUUUUGAAGAUUAUGAUCCAAAUAAAUUCACUAUCAAAGUCAUAGUCUGGGAUCCAAGAUAUGAAGACGAAAACUUACAAUUUGAUCAAAAAAUCGCUAACCCUAUGAAAUUCUUAAUUGAUAAAAGAAUCACUGUCAAAAAAAUGAUGCUUUUUUUCGAAGAAAAGCUUGGAAUUCCUUUCGCAAAGCAAAAAAUCCUUAAAAAAAGCUUUAUUUCUAGCUACUGUCAGCCAGAAAUUAUUUCUUUGAAGCAUUCUUACGACCAAUCUUUAUCAUUAUCACGAAUUUAUGAUGGCUCUUUACUAUUUAUAGAAGAAGUUGACGAUAUUUCAGUAAAAUCAAAAUGACAGAUUGAGUUUGAAAAAGAACAAAGCAAAAUUGUCAUUAAAUUUAACGACCCAAGCCAAGUGACUAAAUAUCUCUCUUCACCAGAUUUUAAAGAAAGCAUAACAAUUCAUUCUCAGAAGACAGUUGGUGAUAUGAAAGCAUUGAUUUCUGCACAUCUGGGGAUAGCCCAGAACGAGUUCAUAAUGAAAAGAGGAAGCUUGUAUGGGGGCGAGCUCAAAGAUUUGACGUUAAAAAUUAGCAUGGCCAAUAUCAUGAAUAAUUCUUUUAUUUAUAUCGAAAAAGGAGUCCCUACAAAUCCUAAUGAAAUCAGACUUGUUUUUUCGCUUGCAGUGCCUCCUAAAGAAAGUGAAAGCGAUGGGGCUGUUUUCAGCUUUGAAGAUACCUUUGAAAUGUCAGUAAAUGUUUACUCAAAAAUUCUGGAAAUUAAACAAAUGGUCUGUGAAAAAUUAAAAAAAUUGCACCCAACGAUGGAUAUAAACCCUUUAAAUAUCCGCUUAAGGGAGCGUGUGACUGAAAAGUUAGCUAAGCCAUAUGAAAAUAGCGACACUUUAAGCACUUAUCAUACUUCUGAUAGGAAAAAUAUAGGUAUUCAGGUGUUAGAGGAAGAAGAAAAGCCUUUAGAAUAUUAUGAACUAAUUGUGGUUGUAAAACAAUGGAACCCUUCUACAUGGGAAUUGUCAGCUCCUAAAGAAAUAACAGUAAAUAAGCAUUGGAGGGUGUCUGAGUUUGGUGCAAAGUUAAGUGAAAUUUAUAAUAUUCCGGUAUUUCUUAUGUAGCCUGAAAAUAUUGAGGUCGCAAAAAUUGCAUAUUCAUGAAAUUUUACCAGAGCAGAUCUGCCUACUGAAAACUUCACAAGCACCAACAAUAACUACCACUAUUUAUCCACACAGCCCUGGCAUCUAAGCUCAGACGGUACACUUUUUAUGUAACCCCCACUUAGAAUUAAAGACAACAGACAAGCUUCAAGAGACAUGACAAAAGAAGAAAAAGCCAAGUUCAUGCCAAAAUCUUCAAGUUCCUAUAUAAGUGGCUAUACAAGUCGGUAUGAGCCUGCAAAGGAAAAAAGCGUAAAAAUUACUGUAAAGAAAAAAAAUAUGCAGGAAAAUAAAAAAGAAGACGAUAUGGAGAUAGAAACUAAUCACAGUGAGGCACAAUAA